AUGGCCCCCAAGAAGAGCAAGCGCGAUGCCUCCAGCAUCAACAGCCGUCUGGCCCUCGUCAUCAAGUCCGGCAAGGUCACCAUGGGCUACAAGUCUACUCUCAAGACCCUCCGCACCGGCAAGGCGAAGCUCGUCCUGAUCGCUGCCAACACUCCUCCUCUGCGGAAGAGCGAGCUCGAGUACUACUCCAUGCUGGCCAAGGUCCCCGUCCACCACUUCAGCGGUGCCAACACUGAGCUCGGUACCGCCUGCGGUAAGCUCUUCCGCUGCUCCACCAUGGCCAUCCUCGAUGCCGGUGACUCCGACAUCCUGAGCGACCAGCAGGCCUAA